UUUGGUGAAGUGUAAAAAUCGUAUGAGUACAUAAAUUGGUUUGAUUCGGAUGCGCAAUUUUCAAGAUGCGCAAUUUCGACGGGUUAAGCAAGAAUCACCAAGAAUGUGAAGAAUCUUUGCGAAUUUAUGCGCUACCACGACGAUGCUGAUGGUAUAAUAUUGACGCAAUCUCUGCUGAUGAAGCCUUCUUGAAUGUUGAGAAUAAUUAAAACAUUUAUUAUACGAAUAAUACUUACAUAAUCAACAUUGGAGAGCUAGAAGCCUCAGAACCAGACAACCCCCCAGCAGUUCGUCCAAAUUUGUGACACAGUAAAAUAGAAGUUAUGGACUUGGCUGCUGAUGCUGAACAGUUGAACAUGGCUAGUGGAGAAGAAAUCACAGACAUUGAAAGCAGAAAAAGAAAAAUGGACAACAUGAAAAAAGUCAGCCAGUUUACUAGCACCAACAAAAAGCUCCGUCUUGAAGGAAAGGACUACCUUGGCAUUAGUGUAGACAAAGACACCAAGAUGACAACUUAUGUCCUUAGAGGUGGCAAAACAGUGAAACCUGCAUGUCCGCCAUCCUCGAGAUGCAUGAAAGAUUCGUCAAAGUCUGCAUUUCAGUGUCAUAAAUUAUCUCCUGAAGACCGAGAGGGCAAUUUCACUGCCUUUUGGAACACGAAUAGCUGGCCUGAGAGAAAGGCUUUUGUGAGUGGCUUAACCGAAGUUCGCCACCCUAAACGAGUUACAAAUGAAGCUUCUAAUGUUCGCCAAACCAGCGUAAAGUACUUCCUGAAGACUGGAAGUGGGGAAAUGGUGCCAGUUUGUGCAAACAAUUUUGCUAAUACCUUUGGAGUUUCCAAGAGGACCAUUCAAAGCUGGAUUUCACUGAAGACAAAGGAGAGGUCAGCUGAAACGCCUGCCCAAAAGAAAACGGGGGCUUUGCGUGCAAACAGGAAGAGAAAACUGAUAAACCCUCCAGAUAGGAAUCUUGGUGGUCCUUUCUUUCUGAUCGAAUGGAUUGAGAGUAAGAAGAAGCACAUUGCAAAAGCCUCAGAAAUAUGGUGUCUGGAGGAAACAAACCCUACUUUUGAGAAUAAAAAGUACAACGUGCUGUAUUCUGAGGCAGGUGGUAAAAAAGUGUACAAAUCAGCCAUCAUUCUGAAAGGGCCAGGAAGUUUCCAGGAGAUGAACAGUUGGCUUAUAGAAAAAGAUGGCACCGUUGGGGGCAAAAGACAACGAAAAAUUAAAAGAUUCCCACCAAAAUCUCUUGAAUUUGCCAGUGAAGAUGCAGCGUUUAUGCAGCCUGCUAAAAAGACUAAAAGAGGCCCCAAGCAGACAGCACAGACUCCUUUGGUUUUAUUGGAAGACAUUAAUAUGCCCGAGGCCGUGGAGGACAGUGCUCUUGCUGGAGAUGGAAGCACCCAAGAAACUCCUGAAGUGCAUUUAGAAAUUCGUCAAAGUGAGGCUAGAGAGUGGGACUUCAGUGGCUUGGCAUUCAGUGAUGUCGAAAUCCAACCACAGAAAAAAGCUGUUGGCAAAAAGAAGUCGAGAGAGAGCGUUUUAGCAAAGAAGGAUGAGAAUGAAAGCAGGACCCUCCUCGAAACUGCAUGCGAUCAGCUGGCCAGCCAGAUGAGAAAACCGGAGGAGGAGAAGCAGAUGAGCAAAACAGAUGGUGUUGGCGAAAAGUCGAGGGAGACGGUUUCGGCAAAGAAAGACCAGAAUGAAACUAGGAGCCUCCUCAAAACUGCAAGUGAUCAGCUGGCCAGCCAGAAGAAGAAUCUGGAGGAGGAGAAGCAGAUAAGCAAAAGAAAUGUUGACGAUAAUCGUGAUGUUCAUAUGAAACUUUUGAUGGAUUUGCACAAGAAAGUUGAUAAAAUAUUGGAGAUGAUGGCAAAAAACAAUCCAGAUACUACUUCGCCUGAUGAGCCACCACUACUCCAAGUGCUCAACAAUAGAUGGGUAUACAUUGGCCGAGGAUACGUAGUAUCACACAAAAGAUACUCAAAUGCCGUGAUCUACGCUUGUUCCGAAGCAAAGAAAUUUGUUAGCCAGAUUACCAAAGCUAUUUUCGGGAAAGAGCUAUUAAGUCAGUCAAGACUGGCUCCAAAUAACAGACCAUGCAUCAAGUCUGAGGGGCAAAAACUGACCUUCUUAGAGCCAGCUUUGCUGGAUGCCAUUUUCAUGACCCAAGAGAGAUUCAGCCAAGAUAGAAACAUCACUCCGUUAGCCAUGUCCCAGAUUCAAAGAAUUGUAUCCUAUUUAUGUGAAAGAACGAGUGAUGUUAAAUGCCCCUGGUCAACUCCAGGAUUCAAGAAGUUAAGCCAGAUUGAACCAGAUGAUGAUGACGAUGAAGAUCCACAAGAAACGUCAGAUCAAGGAGAAGUAGAGGAGGAAGUAUCCAUUGAAAGGGAGGAGUACUACGUGGAUGAAGACCAGUAUCAUAAUCUGAAUUCAGACGGAGACAAGCACGAGGAAGAGGUGGAGGAUGAAGAGAAGGCUGAGGAAGAAGUGGAGGAAAACGAAGCAGAAGAGACAGAUUUUGAGGAUAACAAGGUAUUCAUUUAUGUAAAAGUUGAUGGAAAAUGAGCAAAUUGAUAUGAGAGUAUCCAUGGCAUAUUAUAUGCAAACGUUUGUUUUUGGUAAUCCAUAACGUAUUUCCACGUCAAAAUUAACCAGACUGGUAGUUUACCAUACGGAAGUGGGUCAGAUUUUUUUAUUUUGUGGUUUCAAAUCAAAGUGAGUUUGAAUUGUCUAAUUAAAACAUUUUUUUGCAAGACUAUGCUAUCAAUUAAACUCAUUGCAUUUGAAAUAAAUAAAAGUUAAAUCUGAAUUGUCA